GACGAAGCCGCAGUUUGUCUUUUAUAUCAUCCAUCGCAAAGUCUGAUUCUACUUCGGAAAACUCUAUUAGACAAAGCUGCAGGGUUCUUAGAAACAGCAAAGAAGCUACUUCAGUAAAAUUUCAGGAGGUGCUCUCUUGAGAUCAGAGACGAAGAUUAAUAGGCUGCAGUUUUCCUGUUAAAUCAUCCGUUGCAAAGUCUGAUUCUACUCCGGAAAAAUCUUAUGGGCGAAGCUGCGGGGUUCAUACAAACAGCAAAGAACCUACUAUGGUAGAAAAGAUGUUUCAGGGAAUCAGUGUAAUGGAUACAGAAGUUGCUGGGAAGGAUACAGGCUUAGGAGGGAUGUCAUCCUGAGGUUCUUAACAAAGUAGACGGUCCCUAUCACAUAUUGAUCGAGAAUCUGGAAAAAGAUUUAGAACCUCUGAUGAUUAUGACCUUCUUAUUUAACUAUGCCUGUAUCAAUUGCCGAGCAUUUGUUUUCCCAAGCUUGUCAUCUGAUCCAAGUACAAGGGGAAUCAUUGUUGCAGACACGAAAGAGAAGAUUAAUGAGUUAUUGAGCUAUCUGCAUAAUCCUGAUCAUUUAAUUGUCUCCUCCAGAGGAAGGCCAUGGGUAACUUCUGAUGCCGAACCAAGGGAGGGAGCCUUUGGGAAUUUAUGGGCGGGGGAUGAGGUUGUACGAGGUCCUGAGCUAAGAGCUGUGAGGAGGGGAACAGAUGAAUUCACAAUGGCGAAGCAAUUAGUGGAGAUAUUUAAAAACUCUGCCAAACGUCUACAAUGUGUUCACGAAAGUGUAGCUUCAGAGAUGGAAAAGGUAUUACUUCAGUACAGCACAAGGAGUAGAAAGAAGCUAAAAGCGGCCUCCGAACACAAGUGAAUGAAUUCCUAGUAAGAAUUGUACUUCAAAGAGUUGUUUUUGUGUAGAGGAAUAGUUAGGGUAAACUUUGAAAGGUUUGACUAUCGCCUAGGUCAAAUUCACUAGAACAUAGUUGUGAAUUAAGAGAUUAGUUUUCUG